AUGGCUUCAGACGCGCAAAACAACCCUUUCAUAAGGAACCUUGCUUCUAGCGACAAGAAAGUUCGCGACAAUGCACUCGAUUCACUCAAGACGUACCUGGGCGCGCAAUCAGAGAUAUCAGAACUAGACCUGCUGAAGCUAUGGAAGGGCUUAUUUUACUGCCUAUGGAUGCAAGACAAGCCCGCCCUCCAGCAAGGCCUAUCGCGCGACCUCGCCUCGCUAGUCUCAGCCCUCCGAACUCCCGUCGUACUCCCCUUCAUCCGCGCCUUUUUCCUCACCAUGUCCCGCGAAUGGACCCGCAUCGAAGCCCUCCGACUAGACAAGUACCUUUACCUUAUCCGCCAAUACGUAAACGCGUCCUUCACCUUCCUCAGCAAUAAAAAAUGGAAGAAGAGCUUGGUGGAACAAUGGAAUGCCGUUGUAGAAGAGACACCGCUUGAGUGCGAGAACAUGAGGAUUCCCAACGGACUGAGAUACCAUGUCAUGGAUGUUUACGUCGAUGAGAUGGAGAAGGUCGAGGGACAGGCGUGGGAGAAGGAAGAUAAGAAGGAGACAUUGGAGACAUUAGUGUUGCCUAUUGAGAGGAUGGCCAAGGAGGGCAAGUUGAAGACGCUGAGGAAUGCCGCGAAAGAGGUUCUGGCUGAUGAUAGGUUAAGAGCUUGGAGGGGGCAGGAAGUGGAGAUGACAGAAGAGGCUGAGGAAGACGAAGAUUCCGAGGCGGAGUGGGGAGGCUUCGCAGACUAA